AUGGAAUUCUCGCCUUUCGCGCUGGAGAUUGAGUCACCCGAGACCGAGUUUCUCGACACAGCCCGCGAAUUGGGCGUCAAGAUUGUGGCUUAUUCGCCUCUAGGUCGUGGAUUUCUGACCGGCGCCAUUAAGAGCCGGGGGGAGUUUGACCCAAUGGACCCGCGCAUCAUGUUUCCUCGUUUUGCGGAAGAGAACUUGUCUGGGAAUCUCAAGCUUGUGGGGAUAUUUGAGGACAUGGCGAGGGAGAAAGGGUGCACACCGGGCCAGGUUGCGCUUGCAUGGGUUCUGUCUCAAGGCGAUGACUUCAUCCCUAUUCCCGGUACCAAGCAUGUGAAGUACUUGGAGGAGAAUGCUGGCGCAGUCAAUGUUGACUUCUCCAGAGGCGACGAUGAGAGAAUCAGGAAGGCAAUUGAAGCCAUCGGUGGUGCAAAGGGAUCUCGUUACCCGGGCGCGUUUGCGGCCAUGUGCUUUGCCGAUAGUCCAGAACUUGAGAACGAAUGA